AUGUUGAACGAAUUAAAGAUAAUUUUAUUAGAGAUAUUACAUUCUCCGAUAUGUCUAAUUGGACCAGCAUUGGGAGGUUAUUUGGCUCAGCCAGCAGUGAAAUACCCUCAUCUAUUUCCAAAAGACUCAUUUUGGGAUAAGUUUCCAUAUUUCUUGCCUUCCUUGUCAGUAUCAGCUUUUGCAUUUGUGGUAGCAAUUGCAUGCAUCUGGCUUCCGGAAACACUUCACAACCACCCUCUAAGCAAUGAGUCUAUUGAUGAUGCUGAAGCUUUAGAAACUGGAAACAUAAGUAAUGACGACGACAAAAUAAUCCAAAAAGAUGAAAACCUCUUCCUGAACUGGCCAUUAAUGUCAUCUAUUAUUGUGUACAGCAUUUUCUCACUUUAUAAUGUUGCUUAUCAAGAGGUUUUCUCAUUAUGGGCUGUUAGUCCUGGAAGGUUUGGUGGUUUGAACUUUACAACUGAUAAUGUAGGCGAUGUUCUCGCAAUAUCAGGUAUUGGUCUUAUUGUCUCCCAGCUUUUCCUCUACCCUUCAUUGGAAAGAGCUUUCGGACCUAUAAAAUUUGCUCGCAUCUCCGCAGUUUUAUCAAUACCUCUGUUGCAAAGUUACCCCUUCAUAGCAAUGCUUUCUGGCAUUACGCUAUACCUAGUUAUUAAUAUUGCUUCUCUUCUGAAGAAUGUUCUAAGUAUGACGAUAAUCACUGGUUUAUUUAUUAUGCAAAAUAGAGCCGUGGAACAACAUCAAAGAGGGGCAGCUAAUGGCAUUGCUAUGACUAUAAUGUCAAUAUUCAAAGCAAUCGGUCCAGCGGGAGGUGGUGCAGUGUGA